AUGGGCAAGCACUACUGUGACUAUUGUGAUGUCUUCUUGACACACGACUCUGUCUCCGUUCGAAAAGCACACAACAGUGGUCGAAAUCAUCUUCAAAAUGUCCGCGAAUACUAUCAGAGUCUUGAUCCAGACCAGAUUCAGCAGGUGUUGGAUACACUGGCCAAAGAGUAUGACCGACGCGGCAUUGAGAAACCAAGAGAUCUGCUUCAUCCAGCCGGAUCAUCUUUCAUGACAUUCGGCGCAGGACCAUUGAGCGGCACCUCAGAUCGAGCGUUCCGAUCACAAGGCCCUCAAUCAAUGUCUAUGGGUGGAGGUGGAAGCAGUAGGGGCAUUGGUGGCGGUAGCGGCGGUGACUGGAGCAGUGGUGGCUCCAGAGGAGGUCCCGGUGGUCACGGGCGUUACGGCGGCAACGACGGCUCCUCCAGAGAUCACGGUCCACCUCCAAAUUACAACAGACCACCGCCUCAAGGUGGUCCUUACCCUCGUCCACCGCCCAAUAUGAUGGGCGGAGGUGCACCAGGAGGCAGCAAUGGAUCAUAUCCUCCAAGAGGGCCACCACCCGGCUAUGGGGCACCGACGCCAGCACCCUAUGCAAAUGGCCCCCCACCACCCAAUAUGCGCGGGCCUCCACCCUCAGGUCCACCGAAUGGAUCGUAUACGCAGCAGUCACGGUCUGGAUACGGGCAACGUUGA